AAACAGCGGAAACAGGAAGUGAAUUCAAACACGCGGCGGGGUCCAGAAGAGGAAGAGGAGGAUUAUUGUGAAGCUCGCGGUGAAAUGAGUGAAAGUGGUACUCAGCUGUUUGCUCGUCUGGAGGCUCGUCGCUCUCUGAAGGACAUCGAACCUCGUCUGUUUCCAGAUGAUGGAGGACCUGACCAGGGUGAGGUGGUGGAGCUGUACGGAUUGGAGGGCACAGGUAAAACAGAGCUCUUGUACCACCUGCUGUGUCGCUGUGUGCUGCCGGAGGUGGCUGGUGGUCUGGAGGUGGAUGUUGUGUUUGUGGACACGGACUACAGUCUGGACAUGUUCCGGCUGGUCAGCAUCCUGGAUACCAGGCUGAAUGCAGGUCUCGCCACCAGCUCGUCCUCAGCUGGAUCAGACGAGUCGCUGCUGCGUUCGUGUCUUUCUCGCCUCCUUGUCGUUCACUGCUCCUGCUCCUCCCAGCUCCUCCUCACCCUCCACUUCCUGGAGACCACCCUGUCCUCGCGGCCCCGUCUGGCCCUUGUCCUAAUCGAUAGCAUUUCUGCUUUUUAUUGGCUCGACCGCUGUGAGGGGGGGGCCACCAUCGCCAGACAGGAGGAGAAGCUCAGCAAAUGUGCAGACCUGCUCGGACGGCUGCUCAGGGAUUACAGAUUUACCAUCUUUGCUACCUGCCAUACCAUCCGGAGGAGUUACAGUGGACCUUCCUCCUCUUCAUCAUCCUCAGAAACAGAUCGGCCGUAUCUAUGUCGCCCCUGGCAACGACUAAUCACCCACAGGCUGCAGUGCUCCAAGCAGGAAGUUCAAAACAACCCAGAUGCUGCAGCCGGAGGAAGCAAAGACCAGAGAAGACGUCAAGUCUUUUCUGUCCACUGCACCUCCUCUUCCUCGAGGAUGAAGGGCUCCAGGAUCAGCUCCAUCUGUGUUACGGAUAGAGGAGUGGAGUUUAUCUGAACUUAUUUCUGUGAAUAUUUACUGUGAAUACAGAAAGUUUUCAUUUUUUUAAACAGGUUGUCUGUGAUGUAUAACACAUUUAUCUAAGUUAAAUAAAAUCCAGGAAGUGUU